CUGGUCACACAUCUCAUGGCCAUUACUCAUAACAAACCGAAUGUACAGUAUUUGCUAGCAGGCACAUAAUCCUAUUUCCCAGACCUAAUCGAAACUUGGGACAUGAAUUGAUGAUUUAUCAUAACGUGAAUUAAAUGUCUUUGGAGCUGAUUAAUACAAAUGUUUGCUUCUCUCUUAACCCAGUGGGGUCAUAAUGUAUGAUAAGGGUCCUGCGACAGAAGUGGGCUUCUAUCCUGACUCCAUCCUGCCACUGAUAGAGAGAUCGUUUCUCGUGACAGUUUGAAAUACUCAAUAUUGAUCAACUUGAGGCGUGACGAAUUCACACGGAUUGAGGCCUGGUGCUUUAGAUUAGUUCUGUCAAGAAAUAAGGAAUCCGCCAUCACGGUAAUAGUCAAGACAUUGCAUUCACGUUGAUGUGGUGUUGUGUUUCUGCUGAGAUAUACAUUUCACUGCGUUCGGUGCUUGUCUGGUAGUGAUGAAAUAAUAGCCCUGGGUGAACACUGGGAUACUUGGCUGUGCAAAUAUUAACAUAUUGUUUCAAGUGUGACCAUCCAGUUGAAAACCAAUGGAGCAAACAAGUUAAGGUGCCAAACAGUUAUAACAUGGACAUUUUCCCAGCAAUUUCAGAAUGCCAAUCAAACAGUUAACGUGGACAUUGUUUGCGUCAGAUAGAUAAAAACUAAACUUUGCCAUUCUGAAAACGUACAUUCAUUAAUCUGACAAUGCAAGAAAUAGAGGACAACGUUUUGUUGACAGACCAAAUGGAUGACAUGCCCGACGCAUGGUACGGGGGAUCAAACACAACAUGGCGAGGUUCCAACUCAACUGAGACUUUCUUCCUCAAGAAUGAAACAACAAUGGACCUUGCAAAGGCCUUCUUCCAGGCGAGACUGUUCCGUAUCGGUUAUGGAUAUGUGCUGUUCACAAUCUGUUUUGCCGGAGUGUGCGGCAACCUGCUUGUGUUCUGUGUACUCACCCGUAAGGCCCUGCGCACCUCCACCACGGCAGUGUACCUACAGGUCCUGGCCCUGACAGACACUCUGGUGCUUCUCACUUCUAUUUUCCGGUACAAAAGCUACAAGGUUCUACUGACCGAAAAGGACAACACAGAGGCUGUGUUCCACUUGGACGCAUAUAUCGAAGUAUAUGUGGAACCAUUUUUCUGGAUCUUUCUGGGAGUGUCUAGCUUUGUUACGCUGCUUCUUUCCACAGAGCGCUACUUGGCGGUGAAAUACCCGCUCACCGUGAAGCGUACAUGCACCGUUCAUCUGGUAAGUGUCUGCAUCGUAGCUGUAGUCCUCAUCGUCACCGUCAUAACUAUUCCCAUCUUCUUCAGUUAUGAAAUUCGACACAUUAUGUUCCAUGGAAUCCAGACAACUAUCGCCUACCCAACAGACUUCGGCAUCCACCAGCAUUACGUGUGUACCUACACACACUACGUCCUGCCCCUGGUCUGGUACAUGUUUCCCUGGCUGCUCCUCGCAAUUGUCAACACUCUCCUCGCGCUCCAUGUCCGAAGAUCUUCAAGAAUCAGGGUUGGCGUUCCAAACGUCCUCAACCCCAACCGCAACCUCUCCCUCCUCAUCAUCCUCGUCGUGGUGGUGUACAUGAUCUGCAACUUCCCGAGAUGCAUCAUAUCUAUUAUGAAGUUAGUGGAUACCAACAACUCCAACUGCCUUAAGGACACACGUGCGUCCAACCCUAGUUACUCCAAAACGUAUCUUGUGUCCGUUGUUGUUGCUAACAUCCUGAACGUACUGAACAGUUGCGUGAACAUCUUCGUCUACUGCGUCGUAGGCACAAAGUUCCGAAAGGAGUUGAGGAAGCUGAUCCUGUGCCAGCCGUGCCACAAACACACAACCGUCCUCAUCAACAACACAAUUCACGUGACCCUCACCCGUGAUACUGUAGACUCUCAACCUCACUCCUCAUCCCUGCCAGGAUGAGGAACAACGCACGGGAAGUUUCAGCGCACGUUAGGAGGUGAGGAGGAGGUUUACGCUGUGGUCCAAAUGACAUUGUUUUAAGUUAGUGUUAACCAAACUGAUUCUAUCUCAACACAUUUGAGUUGUGUUGUUGCUGUACUUGUUCAUAUAGAAUUGAAUAAAGUUGCCGAAAUGGGACAGCAACUUUUAUCAAUGUCAGUUAAUCACAUAGAUAUGCAUAAAAU